AUGAUCAACAGCACUCGCGAAAUGAACGAGAUGGCUUUACGGGAAGCAGCGAUAAAACAUGGCGUUUUGGACAUUUUGCUAAAUUGUCUGGCGCAUUACAGUCAUCACAAACACAAAGAAGAUCCAAUCCGACCGCCAUUCCUCAUGCCUGCUCCUGAAACAGCCAUUUUAAUCGAUCGCCUUCUGCAAUCAACGUCGGAAAUGGUGCCAGAGGAGGGAGCUGGUCGUGCCAUUUUGAUCGAUCGCCUUUUGCAAUCAACGUCGGAAAUGGUACUGUCAACAUUUAUAUAUCCGGGAGUCGAGGAAUUUUUGCAUACCAAAAAGAAUGGAGCAGCGGUUAGUGGCAAAUAUCAUGGAGUUGCCCCGUUGGCAGAGCUCGAAGUUGAGGAUGCGGAAAUGCAAAGCCAGGCUCAAUCACCGGUAGGAGACGCUGAGUGUACAGAUGCGGCAAUGGCGGAGCUCUCACAGGAACCGGUACCAGCACCUGCUGAUCUGUGUCAGUGGUCGUUGAGCACGGCAGUAAUAGCGAUGCUGUCACGUUCAUGUUUGUUGCCGGCUAUUUGGGCUUACCUGAGGAAUGAUUCAGUGCUGGAUAUAUCGCAACAUGUGGAAGUUUAUGAAGCAGUAGUGCAAAUUGUCGCUGCAUUGGCGUUAAGUGCUCAGAGUGCCAGUGGUGAAGAAGAGAUCGAAAUCAGGGCGCUUCUGUCGGAUCCGACAUCCGACUGCUCGGUGCUUUCAAUGCUUAAAAAACUGUUCGAAUGUGUCUCUGCAUACCUCACAAGAAUCACAGUGGAAUCGAAUGAAGCUCGACUGCAGAAGUAG